UGUCACUUUGCAGCAGAUUCUUUCCAGAUAUGAAUUUUGUACUGAAGCAUUUGAACACAUUACAAAGCCACAUUUGCGUUUUGGGGGUGUUAGUCUAGCAAUGCAAGCUUCUACAGCAGGGGUGUCAAACUGGAUUUCUUCAAGGGCCGGAUCAGUAUUGUAGUUCUCUGCAGGCCGGUUGGGGUGGCAUGGGGAGAAGGGACGGAUGCCUUCUGCAGCACUUUGCCAGCCAAAACAGGGCACAGGGUGCCACGCAUGGCUCCCCCGUGUGGCUCCUUGCCAGAGGCACCGUGGGCCGGUCCUUUGCUAUUUCCAGGCCAGCCCCGCAGGCCAGAUUUAAGCACCCCAGAUGCAGCCCAUGGGCCUUGAGUUUGACACCCCUGUUCUACAGAGUCCAGUUAGAUCUGAACUUUUUUUUUUUGCUUCUAUUAAGGUAUGUUCAUGAGGGGUUACCUAGCCCAAUCCCAGAGCAAGAAUAAGUCUCCUCCCUUUGAAGCUAAACAAUCAGAAAGAAGUUUGCUGGAAGCUUUUGUUCUGCUGAAGAGCAUUGGGCUGUCUGUGGGGAAGAAAAUAGAAGCCCCACCUCAGAUUGUAGGAUGCCAAACUUCUAACUACAGAGAUUAAUUACAUAGCCUGGUGUUAAAGUUUGGUUUUAUUCUAUUGUGCUCUGGACCAGGGGCCUAAAUUUCUCCUGACUGAUUUCCAGAUGCUGGGCUUUCUUAAAGGGCCAAAAGGAUGCUGCAAAAAAUAGCAGCUCAGGAUGAUUGAUAUUGCAUCACGCCAGACUGUCCCGGCUAGGUGAAGACAUGGUGAUAAAGACUUCUGCCCAAAGCCAAGGGCAGGAAUAAAUGUCCUUCUCAGAGAACGUGAGAAGGUGGAAGAAGCCCCUUUUGGACCCUUGGGCUUAAAGUGUGUGAAGUAGAAGGCAUCUAAUGUAAAAGUCACCCUUCUCCAUCUGAUACCCCCCUCCUCCCCGACUUUCUCUGAAGAUGACCUAGGAACUGUAGUCCGAUCUUGGAGAGACAGGUGUAGUGCUUUAAGUCAUCAGGCUAGCAACCUGGAAGACUGUGAGUUCUAGUCCUGCCUUAGGCACAAGGCCAGGUGGAAGACCUCGGACCAACCAACGGCUCUAGGAAAUUCCCUUGUUAAGAAAACUGCAGGGACAAGUUCAGAUAGUUGCCAGAAGUCACAGUUUGACUUGAAAGCACAUGUGCGCACGCCCAUGCACCCAAAAACCAAUUGGGGGUGGGGGAGGGGUCCAUGUUGGACAAGAGUCUGUCCCAACAACCCUUCUUUAAUUCCCAAAGUCAUGGGGGGGGGCAUACUCAGGGUCUCAGACUUCCUUUCUAGCUAGGCAACGGUUUUCUUGCCCCCUCCAGCAAGUGACUCAUGUGCUGCUGUCACAGGCCGCCCACCCAGUUGUUGCCAAGAAGAGCUCUGGAAGAGGAGGGGGGGGCUUUGCUCCCAAGUGUCCUCCUACCUGCGGCCCGCCCCUGCCCGCGUCCCUCGGCGGCUCGGCAGCGGCUUCCUCAGAGCAGAGCCAGCCCUCGCUUCGCUCGCCCACGACCCCCAAAGGCCGCCUCUCUCUCUAUCCGUCGGCUCUGCCUCCUUUUUCCCCCCUGCCUUCUCUUCCUCUUCCGCGCGGAUCCGCUCCGGGUUUCCCCGGAUCCCGACGAUCCAGGCCGGGUCUCCGCUUUCGCUCAGCCUCGCCCGCCCAGCGCUCGGGCUCCCCGAGACUCGACUGCGCCUGGCAGGGUCGCUGCUUUUUUUUUUUUUUUUUUUUGUGGCCGCCCGGGCGGGAGGGCUGUGGCCCGCCGGCCGGCCCGUUCGCCUUGGGCCGCGGGGUCAGGCCGACCAUGCACCGGGUGGUCUCCAACCAGCGCUCGGUCUCCUCCUCCUCCGGCUCCUUCCAGGCUCCCCCGCCGCCUCCCCCCGCCGCUGCCGGGGAUCUGCAGCCGCUCUUUCUGGGCGGCGGCGGCGGCGGCGGCGUCAGCAGCACCAGCAGCUCCAGCGGCGGCACCCGGAGGGGCAGGCGGGGCUCGGUUUCCAAUUCGGCUUCGACCCGGACCCGGAGCAGCAGCAGCAGCGGCGGCGCCAGCAGCAGCCGCGCCCCCACCACCAACAGCAGCAGCAGCAGCAGCAGCGACCGGAGCAGCGAGGAGGACGAGGACGGCGAAGGGGAAGAAGCCAAGCCGCUGGUGCCGGCGCAGGACCCCGCUUCGCCGGUGGCCGUCGUUGCCAUUCCCGCCGCCGCCGCCGCCGCCGCCGCCGCCUCAGCCUGCCCCUCGUCAGGCUUCAGCAGUUCCUCGUCGUCGGGCUGCACCAUGACCGCCGGCGAGCUGUACGGGGCUCCGCUGGCCGGGCCGGGGGCGGCGGCGGGCCCGGCGGCCGGCCUGCUGUGGGCUGGGGGCUUCGGCGCCGGUCCGACGGGGCCGCGUUGGGGCUACCAGGCGCUGUCCUUGGUGCUGCUGCUGGGCCAGGGGGCGCUGCUGGACAUCUACCUGAUCGCCGUCACCGACUUGUACUGGUGCAGCUGGAUCGCCACCGACCUGGUGCUGGCGGCCGGCUGGAGCAUCUUCUUCUGCCGCAACAGCCGCGCCCGUCGGCGGGAGCGCCCGUUGGGGGCCGGAGGAGGCCACCCGCCGCCCCCGCCCUUGCACCCGCUGCUGAGCCACGGGCCCUACGGCGGCAGAGGCGGCGGGGCGGGCUCGGGGGGCAAGACGGGGGCCACUCCGCGAAGCGGGGACUUCGCCUACGCCCACUUGGCCUGGCUGAUCUACGCCAUCGCCUUCACGCCCAAGGCGGCCCUCAUCCUGGGCACCUCCAUCCUGGAGCUGGUCGAGCUGCGCCUGCCGCUGGGCGCCACGGGCUUCCGCAUCACCCUGGCGCUCUCGGCUCCGCUGCUCUAUUGCCUCCUGCGCGCCAUCAGCACCGACCCCGGCGGCGGCCAGCUGCUCCUGCCGCCCCAGCCGCCCCCCCAGCACCGCGCCUCCGCCGCUUUCCUGGCCACGUGCUUGGACCUGCUGGACAGCUUCACCCUCCUGGAGCUGCUGCUCCUGCAGCCGGCCCGGCCCGCCUUGCCCCUGCCGCCGCCCGUCCGGUACGUGCUGAUCGCCGUCUAUUUCUUGUGCCUGGCCUCGCCCGUGCUCUGGCUGUAUGAGCUGAGCGCGCCGCGGGCCCCCGGCGCCGGCCGCCUGGCCUUACACUGGCUGCUCCCCGCCGGACUCCUGGAUGCGCCGCUGCUGGCCCUGCGUUGCCUCCUGCUGGUCCGCUACCAGCAGCCGCUCUCCAUCUUCAUGCUCAAGAACCUCUUCUUCCUGGCCUGCCGGGCCUUGGAGGCCAUGGAGACCUGCUACCUUCUCCACUCUGCCAGCGGGCAGGGCGGCAAGGGCAAGAACGUGCCCGUCCUUUCCACAGGCGUCGGGGCUGGCCAGCUCAGCCACUGCAUCUCAGAGAACGACAUGGGGCCCCAUGGUUACGUCAACACACUGGCGGUCACUGCCCAGAGCUGAGGACAACACGAAGGGGUUUCGAAGUCAGACUGGGGGAGGGGGCUUCCUUCAUCCUGCCCAUCCAUCCUCUAUAAACUGUAUUCCUUCUUAAUCCAGUUUAGGUACCCAGCCCUCUCUGGUUAUUUUGUGUUUAUAGCUGUCCAGUUAUUUAGACCUCCUUAAGGAGAUGGCAUCCAUUCAGUUGUUCCACUAAAUGUACUACUUCUCCAUGACUGUGUUGGUCACCUACUGAAUGCAACUGGAAAGUGGUUGUUCUUCCAACCUGUAUUUACUUUGUAGUCUUUAUACCUUUCUUCCCCCACAUAUUUGUGAAGUUUCCUUUUGGUCGUCUUAAUUAUGAGCUCUCCUUGUCAUUGUUCACAAAUCCACUCCCUAUCUCAGUUGGCUUUCUGAAGACUCUGCCACACAAGUACUUCCCUGUAGAUACUUGGCUGAUAAUGUGAACAUUGGCUUAUGGUGAUUCCAUCAGGGCAAGGAUGCCCACGCAGCAGUAGUCAAGAUGGGUAGAAUGCUUUAUGAGAAGCAGAGAACCCAUGUAAUUUGGAUCUCUUGUUGCAUUCUUCAUGCUAUUCUUGCUUCACUCUCUUCUCUACUCAACCAUUUAUAAUCAUAGGCAUAUAUAACUUUUGGAAAUGUAUACAGAAAUCUCUUCUCCAAGGGAAUAGGUGCAUUCCCAUCCCAUUCCCAAUUAAUCCCAGUAAUGAAUCCACUAAGCCUAAUGAUGGCAGCAAUAAGCUUUUUCAUCAAAAACAAAAUCAUCCCCACAUUUAGAUUCCCAGGUCCUAAAUAUUUUCUUUCCAACCCUGACCCUAUUUAUUCUAUAGAUUCUAACAUGUGGUUUAUGUGCUGUGCUACGGACUCCUUUUUGCUCAUCUCCUAUAAUUUCAAAGAGGAGGAGGCAGCGACUUAGUCUUAUCCUCCAAAGAAAGGGGGAAAUGUACAUUAUUUCCAUUUCUUCACCUUGUCAGGUUUCCCACUCACCUGUCCUUGCUGAGGUGCCUCCUGCCAUCAAUGCCUACAAUGAAGGGAGAACUGGGGACAAGCCAACCAUCCUGUGGCAUGCUGUGGCAAGAUCAUGAAGCUUUGCCUGAUAUGUUCUUCUAAACUGUUCAAAUUGUCCAUAUGUACAGUAUUUUAGAGUGUCCCUCCUGCAGCAGUGGCUAAAAUCUAUUUUGGGUUGAGUCAGACUCUUGGUAACAUCAUGACUGUAUCUACGUAGUUCUCUUGGCAACCAAACAAAUGCAGCUUCCACAUUGCCUUCUUCCUGGUUUUUUUUAAAACACUUCCCAAUCUAGCCUACCUGCCUGGAUUUCCUAAUGGACUUAAGCAUUGAUGGCAGUGCUGACUAAUGAAAGAAAAUAAUUAUUUUUUGCUGAUGCUAUAUUGGAAUAGUUCUAUGAAUAAGGAUAUGGAGGGGAUUUUCCAACUGAAAAAGUGGAAGAUCCUGAUCAGAUGGUCCUCUGAUAUAAACAUUAUUUCUAUGUCAGGCAUGUGAAUUUUAGCAAUUUCCCUGCUAAAUUUCUACCCGUAGAUUCUAGGGUUUGUGCGGGUGGGGGUCUUAUGGAUGUGAGUUAUCACCUGCAGACGGAACAACCUGGGCACAAAAAUACCAUCUCCUUGAGAGUUAAGCCAUUUUUCUUUCUAAAUGUGCCUCUCCUCAGCAUUGCUGCUCUAAGGUGCUCUAGUUGUACCAGCUGCUUUGACCAAGGGCAAAUCAAGGACACAAUUUUUUUUCUUAACAAUUGUUUCCUUUUCUACAUGCCCUUGGCUAACAGUGUGGAGGAAAAAUUCAGCAUUGAGAUCCCAAACAUCUAUAAGAAUAAAUCAGUAAGAUUCACCUCUCAGGAAUCUAUUGCAGGUUCCUUUUUUUCUUAUGGUGUCAAAGGAUUCAGCCACAUAUGUACUGUAGGCUUUUUUUUUUGCACAGUGCCCUUUAUUGCUUUUAUCUUGUCCUCUCCUCUUGAAUGAUAAGAUUCCAAAGUGUUUCAGACUGUAUGAUACCCUUGAUCAUUGUAACUGACUGUCCUGGACCUUGCCUUCCUCAGCAUGCCUGCCUUUUGAACCCCUGGCUCUCUCUCUCUUGUGCCGCCUUUUAAAGAAGUUUUUCUUUAAAAUCACCAAUACCUACUGUUCUCCUUCCUCACAGAGAUAAGAGUCCAUUUGGGGAAAGUUCCUGGAAUUAGGGUGCUGCCUACACUCUUAUAAGAAAGGUGUUCCCCUUUCCUUUGCUGAUGUCUACCUCUGUGCUUGAAACUUAUUGCAUCUAGAGAGUGGCCUGAAUGUCCAUCUCUCGAUUAACAGCUAACUCACCGGUGAUAACAGGGUCUCUUAACAACCUCCAACUGAGGCUUUCGGGUCUCUUGGAAUAAGCCUUGUAUGAUUUCAAUAAAUUGGUGCUCUGUUUUGAGGACAGCCUUCAUUCAGGUCUAUUAAGUUCUACUUGCUAAAAUGUCCAUUCGAGGCAGGCCAAAUAAAUUGGGAUUAGUCUUUUUGUACUUGAUAAUCCAUGAGUGUGACAUAGCUUCUUCAUACCUUCAAACUAAUUUGAUAAAGGAUUAACCUGCAAAGAUCACUAGUGAGAACUUGGAUGUCUUAGCAAGAGUUCUAACGUUUCAUAAUGCAGUCAGGUUUCAACAGGGCUAGAUAAAGCUCCAAAUUUGGAUGAGGCCCCAAAGUGGAUUUAGAAUAACCUGUUUUUCAGUCACCCAUGUUUUUUAAACAUUUUCUUGCACACUAAAGGCUUAGAAAUGGUGGUAGGUGCAGUGAUUGGCAAGAAAGAAAAUUAUUCACCUACUUACUUUUUCUUAAUACCUACUUUUUCAGAGAAUCAAAUUAUUGGACAUAAUAUGGAAGAAAUGUAAAGUUACAUCUUUCUCCCUAUAAACUGGCUUGAUCAAGACUAUUCCACAAAAAGAUGUAAAAUGUCUAUGAUGGUGUGUAGGGGAAGCACUGGUUUCUCCCUAAUUCAGUAAUGUUCUUUGCAAUUAAAUUAUCAAUUAUGAAAAAAUGAAUAAAGGACCUGAUCCUCCAAUAUAGUUUUAAAACUACACUUUAUUUUUUCUUCUAUAAUUUAUGAAUAAAGGUUUCUAUUGGGUGUUUCAUUAUGUAAUCCUAUACAACAACUCUUAGAAUGUUUGCUAAACUUAUUAUUACAGGAUUGAAAAUGGUUUAACUCUCUCACUAGUGCUUUAUUCUGGUCUCAAAGCAGAGCUUUUGAAAAACAGUGGUGUAAAAUUUUGGCCAGAGGCCUUCCCUUUAGUAUUUCCUUUCU